AUGUUCCCGCGCGCAGACACGUUCGCCCGCCUUGCGAUGAGAUGCGACGGCAACAACUGGGCGAGAGUAAAAAGCGGAGAGGCAACCAUCUCGCAUCUCUCUCUCUCUCUCUCUCCGCGUGGCAACGGCCGCCGUAAAGCUGAUGUAUCCCAGCUUAUGGGAGAGUUUCCGUUUCACAAACUGCUGGUUUCUUCUCUAGGCCGCAGGUUACGAGACCCAUUUCUGCAAUGCCGAAUCGACCUUGGCCAUGUUAUCCUCGAUUCGACUCGAUUCGAGCCGCCGGCUGGGUUCAUUGAAGCUUAA